UUGAACUAGAAUGACAAUCAUAUUAAUAAAUAAAACUUUUUAUUUAUAUAAUAAUGAAGAGAAGAAGACGUAACAGGUAAGCGAUUCUCACGGCUCCGAUCUCCACUUUUCUCUCACCGCUCUUCCUUUCUCUAUUUCUCAAUAUUCUUUCUUAUCAUCAUAUUCUCCAUAUUUCUCUCUCCGUCGUUCAGCUAAUGGCGCCCCGUCUGUUGAGCUGUUUCGGCAGGCGCUCCUCCGAUCCCGAGAGCCACAGCAAGGCGGCGGCGGCGGAUCUGUCGGGGGAGGAGCACCGGAGGGGCGGGCCGGUGUUGGUUGAGCUCUUCUCGUCCCAGGGCUGCGCCACCUCUCCGGAGGCGGAGCUGCUCUUCUCUCGGCUGGGCAGGGGCGACUUCAACUUGAGCGUGCCCUUGCUCCUGCUGGCUUAUCACGUCGACUAUUGGGAUUAUAUGGGCUGGAAGGACCCAUUCGCCUCGGCCCAAUGGACCGUCCGCCAGAAGGCCUACGUGGAGGCCCUCAACCUCGACACAAUGUUCACGCCCCAAUUGGUGGUCCAAGGCCAGGCCCAAUGCCUCGCCAAUCAGGAGGAGUCUAUGCUCUCCUCCAUCGUCUCCGCACCCACACUCCCUGGACCCGCCUUCCAGGCGACAUUCCAAAUGGCGUCACCCGAUUCACUUCAAGUAUCAUUAACGGGGCCUCUGAGGGUGAAAGUCGACCACUCGGGUGCUAACGUGAUGGUGGCUCUAUACGAAUCUGGUCUGGUCACCAAUUGCCAAGAAGGAGCCAACAAAGGCCGGAUUUUGGCCAACGACUAUGUUGUCCGGCGACUUGAGAAGCUAUGCUCCGUGAAGGACUCAUCCGCAAAGAAAACAAUAUCAGGGACUGUGAAUUUCUCGUUGUGGGAGGGUUUCAAAGCAGCCAAAUGUGGGCUGGCCGUGUUUGUGGAGAACUCUUCUCACCGUAUAUGCGGUUCACAGAGCAUUCAGGUGCCGGACAAGAUUUGAUAUGAUGUGUUUGUAUUGCUACAUAAUUGAUGUGUAUGGGUUUCUUUCUGUGUGGGCAGCGAUUGAGUUAACUCGGCCCUGUUUGCGUGUGUUGGUUCUUUGAUGAAAUUCUUUCUAUAUCGAUCCAUGCUUUUGUAUUGUUUAGGGCUACUGAAAGAUGCAUUUGGAUGUGUUGAGUCUGGUUGAUUAAUUAGGCUGCUUUUGUUUCUUUAGUGUUUUCUAUAACCUCUUGCUCAUCUUUAUUUUUUCUCUCUUCAUGACAAAGUUCCUUCCCGUGGAUGUGAAGAAACCAAGUAUAGACAAGAGCAAUCAAUAUUAAA